GACACGGGUCAUCAACAAAUGCAAACACUGCUCGGUGCGUCAGACAGACAGGUCCAGCAGCACCGCUCGGUGAGUCAUACAGACACGGGUCAUCAACAACUACAAACACUGCUCGGUUCGUCAGACAGACAGGUCCAGCAGCACCGCUCGGUGAGUCAUACAGACACGGGUCAUCAACAACUACAAACACUGCUCGGUUCGUCAGACAGACAGGUCCAGCAGCACCGCUCUGUGAGUCAUACAGACACGGGUCAUCAACAACUACAAACACUGCUCGGUUCGUCAGACAGACAGGUCCAGCAGCACCGCUCGGUGAGUCAUACAGACACGGGUCAUCAACAACUACAAACACUGCUCGGUUCGUCAGACAGACAGGUCCAGCAGCACCGCUCGGUGAGUCAUACAGACACGGGUCAUCAACAACUACAAACACUGCUCGGUUCGUCAGACAGACAGGUCCAGCAGCACCGCUCGGUGAGUCAUACAGACACGGGUCAUCAACAACUACAAACACUGCUCGGUUCGUCAGACAGACAGGUCCAGCAGCACCGCUCGGUGAGUCAUACAGACACGGGUCAUCAACAACUACAAACACUGCUCGGUUCGUCAGACAGACAGGUCCAGCAGCACCGCUCGGUGAGUCAUACAGACACGGGUCAUCAACAACUACAAACACUGCUCGGUUCGUCAGACAGACAGGUCCAGCAGCACCGCUCGGUGAGUCAUACAGACACGGGUCAUCAACAACUACAAACACUGCUCGGUGCGUCAGACAGACAGGUCCAGCAGCACCGCUCGGUGAGUCAUACAGACACGGGUCAUCAACAACUACAAACACUGCUCGGUUCGUCAGACAGACAGGUCCAGCAGCACCGCUCGGUGAGUCAUACAGACACGGGUCAUCAACAACUACAAACACUGCUCGGUUCGUCAGACAGACAGGUCCAGCAGCACCGCUCUGUGAGUUAGGAGGGAAUGAAGGGAUUCAACAUGAGGAAAGGGGGUAGUAUACACGCUAGUGACUGGAGCUAUACUAGCCAGCACAGUGGAAGGGCUUCCCAAGAGCAGUCUUGGGCCAAUGAGGUGGUCAAUUUAUUUUUGUACCUUUUUUUUACUAGGCAAGUCAGUUAAGAACAAAUUCUUAUUUUCACUGAUGGCCUAGGAACAGUGGGUUAACUGCCUUGUUCAUGGGCAGAACAACAGAUUUUCACCUUGUCAGCUCGGGGAUUCGAUCUUGCAACCUUUUGGUUACUAGUCCAACGCUCUAACCACUAGUCUACCAGAGGAAAAUGUUUUCCUGUUUGAGAGCACCGCCCCUUGUCAUUUCUGGUUUGAUCUCGUUUACAGUCCACACAAUUCUAACAACCGUUAGGAUACCGUGUUUUCCUUCAGGUUAACAUUUAGCGUGCAGAUUUUGUGACAGAAACGGAAUGCUUCAGUUACAAAUCCAACCUGCCUGUGGUCUACAUGACUUUAUAUCCUCACAGCCUUUCUGCUCCCAUUAUAGUUGAUGCCGCCUGUCUACUCAUGCUGCAAAUUUAAGUGAAAAAACAUGUUAGACCGUGUGUAUUUAGAGAAGACUGAGACCUUGUGUCCCAUUACAUAUUCAAAGCUGCAUUGCUAAUGGAGAAUUGCUAUGGAAAUCUCAACACAAUUAAAAUUUCAAUUAUUUGAUCAUUGUUUGGGGUAUUUUUUUCUAGACGUGACUCUGGAAUUGUGUUACUGGUGAUUUAGAUAUGAUUUUAUAACCGUGAAAGACCUAAAUUGAAUAUUUUCCCUGAACCAUAUAGAUGACUUGAUUGUAUUCAAUUAUAAUUAUGGAUGGGGUUAGAAAUAAUUUCACUAUUCGAAUAGUAUCAUGAAUAUUUGUCAGAUAUCUGGAUAUUCUAAAUACAUGUGGUUUUUAAACUUUAACCUGAGCACUGCUGCCUGAAGGAGAGAGGCUGGUGCACUAUGCUGCAGAGGGGGCGGUGUAUGUGAGAUAGGACCGGAGGGAGGGCGAGAGAGACGGUUAUAGUUAGCUAGGCUAACAACAACCUACUUGUUGGUUGCUCGUUGUAGCCUACCUCUUCUCAUUUCACUAACUUUUAAUUACAUAAUUUUAUUCCAUCUCACAUGUAUUAGUAAACUCACUCUACUUUCUACACAUUGAGACUCUUCCCAGCUUUGAUUGGCCAACAUAAAUAACAAGCUACACAAGAAGGAUACCUCUUUUUUUUCUGGGGAGCACGUCAUAACUACAUUAUAAAGUUUGUUUUAUUAAAAACUAUACAGAAUAUUUUUGAUUAAUUAUUUGAAAUUUGUAAAAGGCUUUUUCAGUGUUAAAAUAGGCCUACAUUGUUUUUUUUGUUGAUAAAAUUAAUACUCACAAGUAUUUGAAUACAUGCACAUCCCUAGUUAAAAUGGUCAAAAAAUAGCUUCUUAGCAAAGAGCAUUUUCUUAAGCUGUCUGAGUGGAGAGGGGAAAACUUAACAAGCUGUUAUUGGCAGAGAGGUUUGAAACUCUCUUAUUGGUCUAUUAUCUAAUUUACCGCCUGGUGAUGUCACCAGGUAGGCCAAAACGCCAACCCACCAAAACAAUAUUUCAGAUGGUCUUUUAAAACAGCUCUGACACUAAAAGAGCAUUAUCAUAAUUUUCAUAGUACUAUUCCAACCUCAGUGUGUAAAACAGUAAAAUCACAUUUUGACUGCACUGGGCCUUUUAAUGUGUGCUCUGGGUGUUUUUAGGCAGGCUGCUGAGUUAAAUAGGAAGUCCACAGGGAAGAGAGAGGAGAAAAUAGAGGAGAGGAGACGGACAGCUUUUAUCCUGAGAGACUGCAGAUCCUAGAUCAGGGGUGUCAAACUAAUUUACCCCGCGGGCCACAUUCUGUCUUCACUGAGGUCUGGAGGGCCGCACUUCAAAUGGGUAAUAUUUCCUCGCCGUCAAAAUGUGCAAAAAUAUUCCUCCAUCACUUUUGGAAUUUUCGAUGCUCUCUGACUGUCUAGCUUUCGUUGACUGUUAGCAAACUGGACAGAGUGAAGAGACUAAAUGUAGGUCAAUUAUCAUUUCUGCGCAGUUUCGAUUUGGUUUUAGUCAUUGCAAUGUCAAUUGAGAUUGGUUUUCCCCCGAAAAAAUAUAGAUUAAAAAAACUGCAGGCAGGAUUGAAUCAUCUUGUGGCCUUGAUUUUGACACAUGUCGUAGAUGGUGGUGUUGUCUCAUUCAGUGCCAGGAUUAGACAGGUUAGGAUAGGCAGGAAUACCAUUAUAAGUAUGUGUCACAGUUAUAGGGAUGUUGGUUACACAUGUAAACCUUACAUUAGAAAAGUAACCUUAUUGGUUCUCUU